AUGCUGACCACAUUCUGCUGGGUGCCCAAGGGGGCCAUAAAGGCCACCCCAAUCCUAUCCACGGACACAGCUGAGCAGGCGCGCUUAAAGCUGCGCCAUCAGCACCCCGAGUACAUCGAGGAAGAGGAGGAGCAGCAGCAGAAGGAUGCCAAGAAGGCUCGGGUGACCUGCGAGGACGCGGAGAACGAGGAUGAUGGCGACGAGGAGGGCCUGAGCACGAACGUCGACGACACGCUGCGCGUCUUUGCCGGCGGCGGCCCUGGCGCUCUGCUCGAGGAGGUGGAGUCGGACGAUGAGGAGGAGCUAGAUGAUACCACCUUGAAGCCGACGGAUCUCGUCUUUACCGUAGCGUGCGCCGAUUCACAGGCUCCGCGGCUGGAGAUGUACGUCUACGAUGAGCCGGAGGACAACAUGUACGUGCACCACGACAUGGAGAUUUCGGCCUUCCCGCUUUGCAGUUCGUGGCUAACUGACGGCACCAUGUCCAUGCUGGCGGUAGGGACCAUGCUGCCCUUUAUCGAGAUUUGGGCCUUGGAUGUGAUGGAUUCUGUCGAGCCGGCCAUAAUCCUCGGCGGAUGCGAGAGGCGGUCGCACAAUUACUCCAAACAGAUGCUGAAGCGGAACUUGAAGGCGGACUCGCACACGGAUGCAGUUCUCUCAGUGAAGUGGAACACCGUCGCGCAGAACAUCUUCGCCUCUGGCAGCGCCGAUUGCACCAUCAAACUUUGGGACCUCAACCAGGGCGGCGUCUGCCUCGGUACGUACAGCGAGCCGGAAAAGGUCCAAUCGCUUGACUGGCAUGCGACAGAGGCGAACUUACUGCUCUCCGGUGGCUUCGAUGCGAGCAUGGUGCUUCGUGAUUGCCGCCAGCCGGACCAGACGGCGCAGCGCUACGGACUGCCAGGGGUCAUCGAGCACGUUGAGUUUGUUCCCUCGGCUAGUGCAGCCGCAGCAUCAGCCCCUGUGGUGAUGGCGUCGACGAGCGAGGGCCACUGGGCUGCGUUCGACACGCGCAUGGCGAGCAGCAAAGCGGGCCACUGCCCAGUUAUCCCUCUCUGGCAGUUGCAGCCGCACCAGGCGGACCUGACGUUUAGCUGCUCUCGGCAGGUGCCAGGCCUGUUCGCGACGGGUGGCAAAGAGGGUGAGAUUGCGCUGUGGGAUGGGAGAGACAGCAGUGUCGCUCCAAAGAUGGUCGUCUCGCGCAGCUACAAGACGGGAUCGGUACUGUCACUGAGCUUUCACCCAAACUCGCCACACAUCUUGGGUGCAGGUGGCUCGUCCGGUGCGCCGCUGGUAUACACCAUCACCUCCGACAUCCACGACAUCUUUCGGUAA